CAGUGUCUGUUGUGAGAGAUGGCUCGUCACAUUAUAUCGCGUUCCAUCGUCCGUCCAUCUUGAACAUGCGUCUCCCCCGUUUUAAUUAGUAUUUGUCUAAUUUGUUCAAUAUAUUGUGUGGCACGUUUUAUAGUUUGAUAACAAUGCCGAGUGACCUAGCUGGCUCAGGUCUUGUGUCAGAGUUAUCAGGUCGUACAUGAUCAAUUUCAUAGUUUUAGUUGAGUCUCAGUCUACCUUACAACAGUCUGUUGACCGCGUUACCUAGGGCCAUAUUAUGCUAACACUACGUUUAACGCUAAAUCAAGUUUACUAGUGAAUAUGGUUGUAUUUAUCAUACUGUGUUUCAUACGGGGUUUAAACGAACAGCUGACAUUACUCCGUUUAAACCGAGUAUCUGCAUAAGGCCAUUGGAUGACUCACUGCUCACGACACAACACAUGAUUUUUUCAUACUGAGGGUUUUUCGUGAUAACUGAUCCUAGGUCAGUUUAACCAUAGAGAGAAGAAUGGUAAUAGUUGAUCUAUGGUUAACCGUGGAUUAAAGUCAGUGCCGUUGUUAAUCAUUAGUUCGUUCUCUGUGAUAAUUUUUGUUUUCUGAUCCUUAAUCAGUUGAAAGUUGGUGACACUAUUCGCCUUGACAUCGUUCUCACAACAGUUUUUGUUAGUCGGUCGUUCAGUUAAUCAUCUGUUAGUUACAAACACACACUGUACCAAUCAGCCGUUAGUUCGUCAUUUUUCGUCUGUUGAACGUGGAUUUUCAGUGCUAGUCUGAUCGUAGGUCAGUUAAUCUUCGGUUAGUUACAAACAGACACUGUAGGUCUACCAAUCAGCCGUUAGCUCUUCGUUCGCCGGUCUGUUGAACAUUGAAUUUCAGUGUUUGUCUGAUCGUGAACGUGGAUCAGUCGGUGACACUAUUAUAAAAACCUGUUGACGGUUAGUUUGAUCUCGGUCAGUUAACCGUGGUUAGGCGAUGUGUGGCCAGAAGGCGGGUGACCCCGGUUAGGCUUGCAGUGUUCCCCGCCCCCCGUCAACCUAUCAGCCAAACCCUGGCGGACUAUGGGAAUUUGCUUGGAUACAGAGCGAGAUCAAAAUGGUUCGGAAGAAUUGGAGUCGAAAGGUCGCGGGGCAUGGUUCAGUGAUGAGGGUGGCAUCUUUCGGUACGCCAACGCCGCCACACCACCCGAGGGCCAGUUUCCCAUGCAGAAUGCGGGUCCUGUCAAAUUUGAGCCGCCCAAUGUGCCUGUCAUUUUUGUGCUUGGUGGCCCCGGCAGUGGAAAGGUGACCCAUUGUGAUAAUUUAACCCAGGAGAAGCGCGGAAUCGUGCAUAUCAAUAUGACUGAUUUAUUGCAACAGUAUACUAUAGGGAAUGAUAUGAAAGACUUCAGUCAGCUGUCGAGUCGGACGGUAACGGAGGUGCUAAUGCUUGAAAUGAAAAUGUCGCCGGCUGCAAAAACUUACCUCGUGUCAGGAUAUCCCCGGAACAUGAGGGAUGUUGUCGAGUAUUCGGAUAAGAUAGAGACAGUGAACGGCGUAGUAGUGGUGGCGUGGAGGCAGCGGGUGCUGGAGAGGCAGAUAGACUACGGAGCCAAACUGGGUCACGUGGUGCUUAGUCUAGCCCGGAUGGAGCUGGCCAACUUCUUCAAGAACGUCAUGCCGGUCGCAGACUAUUUCGACCAGCGCGGCAUGGUCAUUGCGCAUGGACAUACUACAAGCGGUCCAGGCAGCAACAAGGCGGCGCUGUGUGGGCGCGUGGCGCAGGAGGCACGCGGAUGGACGCACAUCAGCGUGGGACGCAUGUUGCGCGCCGCCGCCGAUAAACAGCUGAUGGCCCUCAUCAGUGACGAACAGGAGCUCACUCAACUCAGGCAGGCAAUUGCCAAUGGAGAAAUGGCGCCCGCUGAGAUGGUGGAGCGCAUAGUUGAUGAGCAGAUAGCUUCUAAUAGCACAGCGGCAGGAGUUUUGCUCGAUGGAUAUCCAAGGGACAUUGCUCAGGUCGAAGGAUUUGAAGAAAAGUACGAGCAACAGCCCACCCUAUUGCUGUUGGACUGCUCUAAACUGCAGCUGGGGCGUGGCCGAUUGGACGACAGUAUAGCCGCAUUCCGCCGGCGCCUGCAUCUGUUCAGAGAGUGCACCCUGCCCAUGCUCAAGGCACUCGACGACCAUGCACGCCUUGUCAUUGUGGACGGUGACACAGACUCCCCCCAAGUACAGGACGAAUUCUGCCAGAAACUGCUGCAAGAAAUCGAGCGCCUGUCAUCCGACGACACCCUCGCCCCUGCACCGCCACCCGCCCACGAGCCACUCCCCAACGGGGUGCUGCCGAGGGGGAGGACACCACUCCACCACGAACAGGACACCACCAUACACGACCUCGAGCUGGAUGACGAGGAGCACCACAAACCAGCACCAGAACACCACAAACCAGCACCGGUGCACCACAAGGCCAAAGGGGGUGCACCCAAAGGGGUGGCAAACGGGUACGGACCCCCCAGCGGCGGUAUCAGCGACAUCAGCAAAACAUUCGCCGCCUAUAAUAAGGGUGGCACUACAGCUGUACCUAACGGCCAUGUGCCUAAUCAUGUCAACCAACACUAUCCUAUGGACUCAAACAUGUAGAAAUUCAAUAAUUUGAUUCUAUAGUAAAGUCCACCUUAUAAUGGCAGUGGAGAAGGAUAGAAGAACAACGUUGCCGAACCUCUGUUUUGUCAAUGCCUUCUUGACGGUAGCUAUACAGGUUUAUUGAUUUAUAUUAACUGUUCAUUCUCGUGUAAAAUAAUCAAUUAUAAUAUUCUAUUAAGCAAGGAAUUUUAUUUUAUAAUGCAUUUUAUUUAUUUUUUACUUAUUUAUUCAUUCCAUUGACAAUCACAGAUCAUAUUACAUUAUAAUAAUAUGAUUGGGACAACAGGCAUAGGUAGCCCAAAAUUGUCUACUCCCAAAUUUUUACAAAUAAAAGUUUCAAAAAAGAAUUAGGUUAAGAUUUCACUUUUCCCUUCAAAAAGUCCAAUUUCCACUUUGAAACUUAUGACUAAACUAAAAAUUUUAAGAUUUUAUAUUUAAAAACUAAUCAAAAACAAAAAUAUUCCACUCAAAUCUCUACAAAUUGGAAAUUUUUGAGUAAUUUUGCAAAAUUUCGAGCCAGAAAAGAAAUACAACUUCACUAUUAGCACAGCUGUUCUAAUUAUUAUUACAGCAGUUCUCAUUUUCAUAAUUGAAAUGAAAUAUCUUGUUAAAAAUUAAUAAUUCUACAUUGUUAUCUGGCAACAGAGCAAAGCGAGAAAGAGAUAGUGCUCUCCGCUUUGUUGAAUGAUAGACAAGGAUAGCAAUACCAUUGCUAAUCAAACACUGCCAUUAAAACGUGGACCUUAUUAUAGACUACAAUAUUACCCGUUUAAAAAUUCAUGCAAUAUGAGUUGUUGAUUCUUGUUAUCAGCUCUAUCUCAAAUAACAUCUUUUACUCUCAAGAAAAUAUAUUUUCUAAUGGUUUGAUAAUCAAUUUUCAUAUUUGAGAUAAAAUAUUCUAUAACCCAGCAACACCCAUUUACAGUUUACUUGACAUAAACAAGAGGUAACAAAGAGGUUUUACAAGAUGAUCAAGCUGGCCUAAGCAAGGUUCAAACUUUCUUUCAGGACAUUGAAAAAAAUCAAGAACAAUGGUCAAUGGUCGAGUGAAACAGAGGAAACUGAUGUUUUUCAGUCUAUUAACACGGUAGACUAUCAAAUUGAAGUCCUUCACUUGUAUUGAAUUUGAUGGAAAUUGUUCGUUUCAUUAAACCGACGCAUUAAUAGACAUGCUAUGAUUGCCAAACCCCCAAUCCAUAGUGCAGAAGCACUAUAUAUAAAGACAUUAAACUGUGCCUUUCAAAAGUGAACCAAAAUGUUGUAAGAGAUUUGUUAAUUUUAUAAUGUUUGUAUAUUGUAAAGUAGUUAUGUUUGUUGUCACCUAAAGAUUUAGACAAAUUAUUCUCUGAUUUAUUCAGAGAAAACUUUGGUUGGUACUUGAUAUGAUAAAAGUCUAGUCUAGAAUAUUAAUAAGUUUAUUUGAAUUGAUUGUUUGUUGUACAUUAUUAUAAUUAUCGUUGUUUACUGUUAUCCGAUUCUUUGGAUAUGUUUUCACAAGCUCAAACUCUGCUUUCCAAGUACAUGAACGAACAGGAAAGAAAGUUUUCACAAGUAAACUUAAAGAGGAAUAAGAAAUAAUAAAAUAAGUGGAAGCUGAUAAACUAUUAAAAUUCCAAUCAUCACUUCAGAGCUAGUGUGAGAUUUUACUUAGCAGUAGACAACGUUUUUGUAAUUUAAGUUAUCAAAUAUAUUUUUAUUUUCAAUGGGUUGACAAAUUUGAAAGUCUCCAGCAUUGAGGAGUUGACUAAAUCUACCCUUCUUAUUUUCAAAGUAUUCUCAAUUCAACUAUUAUUGAAAUUGAAUAAAUUUAAUAUAAAUUAUGUAUUUAGGAACAUUGAAGGUUCACUGCCUAAUACUACUUUAGUCAUAUCAACUUUUGUACAUAAAUAUGUAAUGUUAUCAUGUAAAACUAAACUACCGGGACCAUUACAUUAUGAAAACACAUUAUUUUAUUAGAAGUAGUUUAUUGUUAUAUUCAUACACAUGUCUCAAAUUUUAUUCUGGCUAAUCAGAAUAAUUAUUUUAAUUUCAUACUUGAAACAAUCAAAAUUUCUCAAAACUAAUCUUGUAAAGAGAUAUCAGCCAAAAACUUAUGUUUACAACUUAAUAUUUUUUAAUUAAAUACUGGGUCCAGUACUUCAAUUAAAAAAAAUUGCUGUAAAAUAAUAGCAUUGAUGCUUUUAUAGAGUUUUUUUUAGAACUUCACAACUCAUAUCUCAAUAUUUUUUUUUUAUAUAAACUUGGUGUAAAUAAUAUAUUUAUAAGUACCUAGCUCAUGGAAAUUGUUAUUUAUUGAUAUUAUGAAGUUGUGUAAAUUUGUUACAAAAAGGUUUUCUUGAUCUUGCAGACUAUUGUUAAACUUUUCUAAAAGUUUAUAGAAUUCAUUCAUUACGUUUUUAUUCUCGAAGAUACUAUCUCAUGAUAAAUAUUCAGAAUUAUUAAUUCAUUUAUUGUUCGAUUCCCAUAACUGUACUUCUUAAUUUUCAAAGGGACGAUCUCAUAAUAAAUAUUCAGACUAUAAAUGCUUGUAAGUUACUUGAAAGGUAUGUUGAAGAAUUAUCAUUUCUAAGAAACAAUUGAAGUUUUGAAUAUUAUUGGUAGCUUUUAGAUUGCCGAUAAUUAUUGGUCUGUGAUAAAGGUAAUUUGUGAUAGGUGAGUUGGAAAUUAAAAAAAAAAAAUGAUUCCUAGAGAAACAUUCAUGAGUAACUUUACAAACUCAGGAAAACAGCCUUGAUAAAAUUCAUUAAUAUUUUUUUUAGAGGCUACUUAUUUGAAUAAUUACAUUUUUCCAUUCUAUUCUUUUGAUGAAAAAAAAAACAAUUUAUUGUUUAAAAAAGGUCUUGCUGGCGAGAUCUUAGUUAAUUGUUAGGAGACUUAAUGUGUAGGUAAACUAUAGGUAAUUAGAUGAAACAAUUUCUAGUCAAUUGGUUACCAUUCGUUUGUCAAAUUACUACUUAUUGAAUUGUAACUUUAUUUUGAUGAUUGUGGAAUAUUUUUGAAAAAAGUGGAAUAAAUAUAUUAUUUACG